AUGAAAAUUGGGUGGCUCAGCAGCGCGGGACCCGUGUACAAGGUGGGGAGGGCAGCAGAAGGGGCAAGGGGGGUGCGGGGGGAAGGGUUCGGGAGGGUGAGUGGCUCAAGGUGCCACGUGCAGGGCUUGUGGGGCGGAAGGAGGGAAGGCGGGGAGUUGCUUGCUGCAUCACCACUCUCCCCGUCUGCUUGCUGCAUCACCACUCUCCCCGUCCGUUUGUUUGAUUGGCAAGCAGUGGCACAGGGAGCAGCGGCAAGGAGAGGUGGCGCAUCAUUGCACUACGGGGAGGAGGUGGUGGCGGGGCUCAUGGGGCUGCCUCACACCCACGCGGACGUGCACAAGGUGUACCUCGCUGUCUACCGCUCCUUCAUGGAGGCGCUGGACGCGAUAGACAACGGGGUGAACCAGUUUGAGUCGGAGCACCCGCCGCGCUACGUGAACAACACGCACCUGUCGGCGCGCGUGGGGCGCUUCAACCCCGACUGGCUCGACGACGCCUCCCCUGCCGCCCAGGACGCUGCCUUUCACAAGGCCAUGGCUCUCGCUGGGGAGGAGUUCGUGGAGGUGGCCAUCUGUCUCGUGGUUCACACCCUGCCCCACUCCACCACUCCCCCACCACCAGUCCCAUCAACCUCCCCUCCAGGUGGUGACGUGCACGGCGCACGGCUGGCUGGCAGCUUUGAGACGUCUCAAAACCCCAACCCCCUCCACCACCAACCCCCUGGCAGGCGCCGGUGUGAGGAGGGGUGGAGCGGAGUGCAGCAGCAGUGGAAGGGGCAUCUGAGUGAGCUGGAAGGGGAGUUGAAGCUCAACCCUCUGCCCAAAUACAUGCUGUAUGAGGACGACCGGGCCAAGCAGUGGAGGGUGCAGGCCAUUUCAGUGGCGCCAGGCAGCUUUGAGAGCCGCUGCCCGCUCCCCGUCGACUGGAGGGGGCUGCGCGACGAUGAGCUGUCGGAGCGGUCGAGCAUUCCUAGGGGGGUGUUUGUGCACAUGAGUGGGUUCAUCGGUGGUAACCACACGUACGAGGGCGCCCUCGCCAUGGCCAAGGCUGGCCACCCAUCCAGUGCCCUUGUGUUGAUGCGUGACGGCGCACAAGACAGGCCCACAGUGGUGCUGCCAUGCGCUGUGCCCACCCACCAGCGCGUGGCGAUCCCCUCCUCCAACCACCCAGUGCGCACAGCCCUUGCUGCCUGUCACUGCACCGCACUGUGUGCUGCUACCACGCUGCCGUCAAUCCCUUACACCGCCACACACUCUGUGCUUCUGCUUGCCCAUGAUGCUCUUGCUGCCGGCGGCACGGGUCACUGCUGUGCUGUGCCGUGUGCGUGCUGCCCCGAUGCCGCCUCGUGGGGAGGAGGGCAGUGGGCGGAGUCAGCAGCAGCAUGUGGCGGCGCAGCAGCACACACUCUCAGCACCUCCUCCGCCUGUUUCCGCAUGCUGAACGUGCAACGGCGCAAGGACUUCAAUGGCGGCCAUUUUCAGCCGUUAGAUGUAACGGACGGUGCAGAUAUGCUCAUCCGCAUCCUUGUGCCCACGUACCAGUGCCCCGGGGAGGAGCGGCUGGGCGUGUGGGGUGAUGGUGGCAAGUGGACAUGCAUGCUGCCGUCCACCAUUCAGCCCAAGCCCAUAGUGUACAGCAUCGGCAGCAACGAGUCGUUCUCCUUUGAGAGUGAGAUAAGCCAGGAGCUGCACAUCCGCACGGACACCUUCGACCCCUUCAUCCCUCCCGAGGCCCAGGCGCGCAUGAAGGCCCUCCCCUUCCUGCGCUUCCACAGCAUUGGCGUUGCCAGCAGCGCUGACAUCAACGAGUACAAGAAGUGGUACCCCAAGAUGCACCUCAGGCAGCUGGCUCAUGUCAUGCAUGUGUUGAGAUGCCUCAAAACUCUCUCCCUCCACCCACCCACGUAUGCAGAUGAGGUUCAUGUGGGUAAGCGAGAUCAUGAGGCUGCACCUGCUCCCUCUGCUCCCCUUUCCUCCCUCUGCUCCCCCUUUCCUCCCUCUGCUCCCCUUUCCUCCCUCUGCUCCCCCUUUCCUCCCUCUGCUCCCCUUUCCUCCCUCUGCUCCCCUUUCCUCCCUCUACUCCCCCUUUCCUUUCCUCCCUCUGCUCCCCCUUUCCUCCCUCUACUCCCCCUUUCCUCCCUCUACUCCCCCUUUCCUCCCUCUACUCCCCCUUUCCUCCCUCUACUCCCCCUUUCCUCCCUCUACUCCCCCUUUCCUCCCUCUACUCCCCCUUUCCUCCCUCUACUCCCCCUUUCCUCCUCUGCUCCCCUUCUCCUCCUCUGCUCCCUCUUUCCUCCCUCUGCUUCCCUUUCCUCCUCUGCUCCCAAUGUCUCCCGCUCUCCCACACGUCCUGCGCCUCACGUGGAACAGAAGAGGGUCAUGCGGGUGGGCGAGAUUAUGAGGGGCGUGUACAUUCACGUGCUCAAGGCGGACUGCCAGGGGUGCGAGGAGUGCGUGCGGAGGGGGGAGGGGGGCCUGGAUAAGAGGUUCAUGCGACUGAAUGAGAUCAUGAAGCGGCUGGGGCACUCGUACAUUGACGUGCUCAAGGUGGACUGCGAGGGGUGCGAGGAGCACUUCAUUCAGGAGCUGGUGGCGGCCAACCACAACAAGAUGGGCGCGCUCACCAUCCAUGGGGGCCGGCUGCCCUUCGGCCAGAUGCUCUGUGAAUUCCACAGGUGGGGAGCUGUGCGGUUAGAGUGGUUCGUGCAUGCGUGGAGUCGACAAGCGUAA